AUCCCAGCCGUAUCCGAUUUACAAUACAUUUCUUCGGUGGCCUCAGGUCGCUUACCCGCAUGCCUUGCGCCAGGGUCGACUGCUCUCUCCAUCAGACCCCGGAGAACGGCAUCUAAUUCAUUCUCCCGCACUCGUUAGACGAUAAUCUGACGCCAUAAUUCGAAGCCACUACUGGCAAACCACGACAUCAACCAUGGCAUACAUUCUCUUCAGCGUUUCCAUUGUCCUCCUUCUCACCGUCACCACUCUCUUUUUCACCCGCGCCUUUUGGUGGCACCGUGUCUCCGAUCUCCCGAUCCCGGGCCGCGACUACAUCUACUCUCGCCUGCCGUCUACGUUUGGCGGCGACAUCGAAGCCGGCCUUUCGAGCACCACCUUCGAUUUGAACACCAACCUCGAAGCCGGCGACAGCCGUGCUGGCUUGGACGAUGCGAGCAAGGCCGAGAUCCUCAAGAUCAUGAAGAAACGUCGCAUGAAGUUUGACGAAGCCCGGAGGGUCUACAUACAGAAUCGAUUCAAGGCAAAUGGCAUUGGCCCCGACGGUCGCCCGACAGACCCGAAGGCGGUCACUUUUAGUUAACAAAGCUAUUUUGAUGCGUUCAACUCCCCGUGGUCACUAGGGUUAACCUGAAAGACCGAGAGGCAACCCCAGUUGGCACAUUCUCGGAGUUGUCCUGUACAUUGGCCGAGCGGGCCAGCAACAAGCCGCUGACUUCACUCUCCCCGGGAUGCGGAGGCAUGAGUACGGUGGUAUACUGUAGUGAGCUUAUGAGUACGAUAAAAAGACUGUUGUCUUAAUCGAAAUGGGGGGGUUCCGUCUUGCUAUUUAUAAAUCGAAGUCAACGGUUUCAAUCCCCAUCAGUCACUUGAGAAAUACUCCACGGAUGGUCAUUUCGCAUGUGCGUAUUAAUUAAGGCUUGCUAAGCCUAUGCCUAUCAGUCAGUCCUAUCUAGUGCAGGAUUCUGCUGAUGUACAUGAAAGUCUCUGAUGCCCAA